UUCCGGUUCCGGCUGCGGGCCGCAGAAGACAUGGCGGCGUCUGCGUCGGCAGCUGCAGGGGAGGAGGACUGGGUCCUUCCCUCUGAAGUUGAAGUGUUAGAGUCUAUCUAUCUGGAUGAACUACAGGUGGUCAAAGGAAAUGGCAGAUCAUCACCAUGGGAGAUCUACAUCACCCUGCACCCCGCCACUGCAGAAGACCAGGAUUCACAGUAUGUCUGCUUCACUCUGGUGCUUCGGGUCCCAGCACAGUAUCCCCAUGAGGUGCCACAGAUCUCUAUCCGUAACCCCCGAGGACUCUCAGAUGAACAGAUCCACAAGAUCUCACAGGCGCUGAGCCACAUGGCUGAGGCUGGGCUGGGUACUGCCAUGCUCUAUGAACUCAUCGAGAAAGGGAAGGAAAUUCUCACAGAUAACAACAUCCCCCAUGGCCAGUGCGUCAUCUGCCUCUAUGGUUUCCAGGAGAAGGAGGCCUUUACCAAAACAACCUGUUACCACUACUUCCACUGCCACUGCCUGGCUCGGUACAUCCAGCACAUGGAGCAGGAGCUGCAGGCCCAGGGACGGGAGCAGGAACAGGAAUGGCAGCACGCUGCAACCAGACAGAAGGCCGUUGGUGUGCAGUGCCCGGUGUGCAGAGAGCCACUCGUGUACGAUCUUGCCUCGCUGAAAGCAGCCCCUGAACCCCAGCAGCCCGUGGAGCUGUACCAGCCCGAUGCAGAGAGCUUGCGCCAGCAAGAAGAGCGUAAGAGGCUCUACCAGAGACAGCAGGAGAGGGGGGGCAUCAUUGACCUGGAGGCUGAGCGUAACCGGUACUUCAUCCGCCUCCAGCAGCCUCCUGCCCCUUUGGAACCCGAGUCAGCUGUAGAUGCCUCCGGAGGAUCCCACCCACCCAGUACCCUUGCCACCGAACAGUCCACCUCAUCAACUGCUCAGACCACCCUGUCAGCUCCUCUGCCUGUGGCCUCCCAGUACACAUGUGAGAAGAUUCCAGGGGCUGGGCCAAAUCAGCAAAAGCUGGGCGAGACCCAGAAAGCUAUGCUAGAUCCUCCCCGGGCCAGUCGAGGUCCCUGGAGACAGCCCGAACGGAGGCACCUAAAAGGAGGGGAGUGCAAUGCCCUCAAAGGUACCAGUGACACCCAGGAACUGCCACCUCCUGAGGGGCCCCUCAAGGAGCCCAUGAACCUAAAGCCAGAGUCCUGUAACCAAGGGGUUGAAGGUCCUCCCCAGGAAAAGGGGCAUGGCAACUGGCAGGGUCCCCCGCCCCGCAGGACUCGCGACUGUGCCCGCUGGGAGCGCUCCAAGGGUCGGACACCGGCUUCUUCUUACCCCCGCCUGCCUCGGGGUCGGGGAGCCUACCGGCCUGGUCCUCGAAGAGAGCCCGUGAGCCUCGAAUCGGAGGAUGGUUCCUAGCAGUACUGUGGGGGG